AUGGCGGUUCCCUUAGCCAGCCAAGCAGCACAAGCAGCAUUCCCACACAUUCCGCUGCGCCCAGAUUCCUCUCGGAAAUAUUCCAUAUACAAUACUCCUACCAGGUCAAUUGUUCCGGUUAGUCAUGGUUUCGUAACUCCUUUCCCUUAUGUUGCAGGUACCAGCGCUACCCUGGGAACACUUCCCUUCAUGCAACAAGUCGUGCCGCAGUUCACCCAUCAUCAACCCCACAAUAUGUAUCCACAAAAUACCUACUACCAACACCUUCAAGCUAGCCUUCCCGAAACGUUUAGCCCCCUCGUCCCGGUGCUUAACAACAUCUGCGACAAUACCAACCACCAACUCCAAAAAAUCAUGACCAUGAAAAAUAAAAUCCCCGGAGUACCUACAACAAUCAAAGAAGCCAGCCUGGAUACUUAUGGUGAUUCACCAUAUGUCGACCCCAUCGAUGCGAUUGACAUCCCGAAGCGGUUCAGCCCACCUAUUAUACUCGUGUAUGAUGGAACCACUGAUCCUCGAGAGCACAUCUUAACCUACAAGCAGCGGAUGAUGACAAUCCCAGUCCCCAAGCACAUGAGAGAGGCCAGUUUGUUUAAAGGUUUCGGCUCGACGCUGAUCGGACCCGCCCGGAAGUGGUUUACCAGCUGGCCAAAUGGAUGCAUCACUUCCUUUGCCCAUCUUGGCAAUAUGUUCAACCAGCAGUUUGCGAGUAGCAGAGGGUUAGAGAAGCAGACAAGUGAUCUAUACCGUGUGGUCCAACGUCCAAACGAACCUUUGAAGGAUUACAUAGCUUGA